AAUUUCAGAAUGCAUUGACAGUGAAGCUGAAACAGUUAUGCAGCUGCGAAAUGAGCUGAGAGACAAAGAGAUGAAGUUGACUGAUAUCCGUUUAGAGGCCCUCAGUUCUGCUCAUCAACUGGAUCAGCUCCGGGAAGCUAUGAACAGGAUGCAGAGUGAGAUUGAGAAAUUGAAAGCCGAAAAUGAUCGCUUGAAAUCUGAAAACCAAGGCACCUGUAGUAGAGCCCAAUCUCAAGUUUUCAUUUCAUCGUCUCCAAGGCAAUCUAUGGGUCUGUCACAGCACAGUCUGAACCUCACAGAGUCAGCUAGUCUUGAUAUGUUGCUGGAUGACUCCAGUGAUGGUUCUUCUCGGAAAGAAGGUGGCAGGCAUGUUAAAAUAGUUGUCAGCUUUCAGGAGGAAGAGAAAUGGAAAGAAGAUUCUAGGCCUCGCUUAUUCCUAAUUGGCUGCAUAGGAGUCAGUGGAAAAACCAAAUGGGAUGUUCUUGAUGGCGUUGUUAGAAGACUAUUUAAGGAAUACAUCAUUCACGUUGAUCCUGUGAGUCAACUUGGGUUGAAUUCGGACAGUGUCCUGGGAUACAGCAUUGGAGAAAUUGUUCGCACAAAUAGCACAGAAACGCCUGAGCUGCUACCCUGUGGCUAUCUGGUUGGUGAAAACAACACCAUCUCUGUGAAAAUCAAAGGUCUUGUAGAGAAUAGUUUGGAUGGUCUGGUAUUUGAGUCUCUAAUCCCAAAGCCAAUUCUACAGCGUUACGUGUCACUCUUGAUAGAGCAUCGGAGAAUCAUUUUGUCUGGUCCAAGCGGCACUGGAAAGACCUACUUAGCCAAUCGCCUGUCUGAGUAUAUGGUGCUUAGAGAGGGCAGAGAGCUGGCUGAUGGUGCUAUUGCAACCUUUAAUGUGGAUCACAAGUCCAGUAAGGAACUCCGACAAUACCUCUCCAACCUUGCAGACCAAUGUAGCAGUGAAAAUAAUGCAGUGGAGAUGCCACUUGUGAUCAUCCUGGACAAUUUGCAUCAUGUCAGUUCUCUAGGAGAGAUCUUCAAUGGGCUUUUGAACUGCAAGUACCACAAAUG